AUGGGCCAUGUCUUUGGUGGUAACGUCUUUGCGUUUCUUCUAAUUUGUGUGCUCAUUCCUCCAUCAGCUGGAGCUGCACUCAGGAAUUACACCAUCGCUGUCCCAGACGGAACCACAAAUCAUGGCGAUCCUGAUCUGCUCUGCAUGCCACCGAGCUGGACAGACAUCUUUAUAUUCUAUGCUGCAAAUUACUUUGCGCACGCCGCGACAGUGAUAAGUCGUCCCGGUGAGACAACCAUCAACUCGGCUGUCACGAUAGUGUCCGCUCUGCUCUUCCCUAUUUCCGGAGUUGUGCGAGGCGUUUCUGCCAUAGUUAGCCUCGCGAAAUUCGCCAAAACUGAUCUCGAAACUGCAGCUCGCUCUGGGGCGCUGUGUAUGGUCGUGAGGACAAAAGACUGGCAGCCCGCUGCUGGAGACAGAAUCGCAUGGGCCCUCCUUUACACCCCCCAACUGACGGAGCAGGGCAAGUGA